UGCAACCGCAGCUCGUGGUGGCACAGGCGGCAUGGAUGAGCUCCAGGACGCGAUCCAAGACGCGCAGUACAUUGGCGCGAUGGUCGACCCGCGGCCGCGGCCCACGAUCGCCUUUUACACGCCGUCGCCCACCGAGCUCGCCGACUUUAUCUCGAAACAAAACCGCCUCAACACCGAGUGGCUCGGUGUUGAAGCCCUUUUGUCUCAACCGCUGGGCUUUUACCUCUUUCGCCGGUACUGCGAAGCCGAAGCGCACGGCGUCGAGAAGCUCCUCUUUCUCAUGGACGUCCACGCCUUUCGCAACAUUCCACAGCACAAUCGGCAGCUGCAAAAGGCCAAAGCCAUCUACAAGCGGUACUGUGACGAAGCCUCGACCGUGCUCGUGCAGCCCGUUUUACCAAAGGAGGCACCGCCGUCGCGCCACGACCACGCGUUCUCGGCGCUCUCGUCCGCCGCGUCGCCGCGUCCUCAGCCGCCACCGGUCGCGCCCAAGGCGCCCGGGGAAGCCAACUUUGCCUGGAAAAAAGAGUUCAAGCUCUCGCUUGCCGACGGAACGCAGCUGUACAUGAGCUACAAGAGCGAUGCGCACAUCCUCGGGGUCGCCGGACCCAUCUUGGCAGCGAUACGAACCGCGCUCGACCGCGAAGAAGAGAAUGCGAUGGACUCGGACGCCAAAUCGUCUGUGGACGUCACGCUCUUCCACCAGCUGGAAGCGUGUGUUCUUGGUGCGCUUGACGUCGUGCACAUGGCCGGUUUCCGCGCCAGCAGCUUCUACAACCGGUUGGUGCAAUUCCUCUAUCUGCAGUCGCGCGAGAUUGGCGAGGACGACUUUUCGCUGCUGCGGGUGCUCGGGCGCGGCGGCUUUGGCAUGGUCAACGGCACCAUCAAGCGCAACACCGGUAAACUCUACGCGCUCAAAGCGAUGAACAAGAAGAUCAUCAAGAAGAAGCAUGCGGAGAAGCUCUGCUUGGCCGAGCGGGCGAUUCUAACGAUGCUCAGCUCGCCCUUUGUCGUGUGUCUCAAGUACGCCUUCCAAACGAAGGAAGACUUGUACCUGGUGCUGGAUCUGCGCACGGGCGGCGACCUCAGCUUCCACCUCAACCGCGGCCGGUUCACCGAGGAGCAAGUCAUGUUUUGGGCGGCGCAAAUCCUACUGGGCCUGCAACAUAUGCACGAAAACAACAUUGUGUACCGUGAUCUAAAACCCGAGAACAUCCUCCUCGACGACAAAGGCAACUGCUCCAUCUCGGACCUUGGGCUGGCCGUCGAAGUGACGCCCAACCUCUGUGGCCGCUGCGGCACGCGCGGCUACUGGGCCCCCGAGAUGCUGCUCCGUGAUUCGCAAGGCAACCGCCUCUUUUACGACCAAGCGGUCGACUGGUGGAGCUACGGCUGCGUUGUUUACGAAAUGCUCUACGGCAAGUGCCCGUUCCGAACCUCGAAAGCCAAAGCCUUGCACGCCGACAAGCAAAAAGCCUACGACAUGGCGACACUCGAACUCACCCCCACGUACGACCCAAAGUACUUUACGCCCGCCGCGACCGACCUCCUUCAGCGGCUCUUGGUACGAGACCCGCGCCUCCGCCUUGGCGCCAACGGGGCCGACGAGAUUAAAAAGAUGAAGUUUUUCGAAAACGUCGACUGGGCCGCGAUGGAGUCCAUGUCGGUGCCACCGCCUUUCGUGCCGGACCGCGACAUCAACGCGGCGUCGCAGGCCGACAUUGGCUGCUUUGACCCAGCCGUGACGCAGGGUGUCAAGCUCGUGGAGGCCGACCAAGAGUUCUACAAGGACUGGCAGUUUUGCAGCUACAUUGCCUUCCAGAACGAAAUCGUCGAGUACAUGGAGUGGGAAGUCAAACAAGGGCCGAUUACGAUUCCCCACUCGGCCAACUCGUGCUGUAUUAUCUCCUAGUUGUCGUUGUCCGCUAAGUUAUUCCAGACACAAUAUAGACUAUUGUACCUCA